CGAAUGAGAAGCGGCAUGCACCUAAGCAUUAAUUCACUUAUCCAAUGGAGGACAAUAUGAAACUGGAUACCAAUGAGGAGCAAUUCACUUGUGCAAUGCGAUUGGUUACCUCCUCAUCUUUGCCAAUGGUGUUGGUGGCUUCAAUAAAGCUUAAAGUCCUUGAGGCUAUUGCAGAAGCCGGACCGCAUGCCCAACUGUCAGCUCAUGAGAUCGCAUCGCGGUUGUCAAUCGUUAACCCACAUGCCCCUAACAUGCUUGACAGGAUGCUUCAUCUGCUAGCCAGUCAUGCAGUUGUGAGUUGCAGCCAAAGGGUGAAUGAGUCGAAGAAGCCGGUUAGAGUUUAUGGUCUGGCUCCUGUUGCAAAAUACUUUAUCCCAAACGAGGAUGGAGUGUCACUAGGUCCCUUGAUGGAACUGCUACAAGGCCAAGUCUUCACCGAGAGUUGGUUUGAACUUCCAAAUUGUGUGCUUGAAGGAGGUAUUCCAUUUGACAAGGUUCAUGGAGGAAAUACAUUUGAAUUUCCAGCACGAAAUGCCGCAUUUAAUGAAAUUUUUAACAAAUCCAUGGUCCACCAUUCGACUAUUGUGAUCAAGGAAGUUCUCAAGCAUUACAACGGGUUUGAUAAGCUCAAACGUGUUGUUGACGUUGGUGGUGGUUUUGGAACCGCCAUUAAAUUGAUAGUAUCGAAACAUCCCCAUAUUAAAGGGAUAAAUUAUGACUUGCCACAUGUGAUACAACAUGCACCGUUAUAUCCAGGUAUACAACAUGUGGGGGGAGAUAUGUUUCAAAACGUGCCAGAAGGUGAUGCCAUUUUUAUGAAGUGGAUUCUUCAUGAUUGGAGUGACGAGCGUUGUGUAACGCUGUUAAAGAACUGCUAUAAGGCAUUGCGACAUGAUGGGAAGGUUAUCGUCGUCGAUGCGAUUCUUCCUUUUAUACCGGAUACAAGUUCCAGUGUUCAAGUAAAUACCAAUAUAGACGCGAUCAUGAUGACACAAGAUCCCGGAGGAAAGGAGCGAACAGAGGAUGAAUUUCUUGCCUUGGCUAAAUGUGCUGGCUUCAGUGGAAUUAGAAAGGAAUGCUUUGUUUACAAUUUCUGGGUAAUGGAAUUCUACAAGUAGCAAGAACCAUCCCCAGUUAUAUAUGAUAUAUAAGUUUCACCUUAUUGCUUAUAUAUACCUAUAUGAAUGUGUUUAUGUGACGUGUAUUUACAUAUGUGUACUCAAGUAUGUGCGCAUGCAUGUAUGUGCACAUAUAUGAUAUAUGAAUGUGUUUAUGUGACGUGUAUUUACAUACUCGUGUACUCAAGUAUGUGCGCAUGCAUGUAUGCGCACAUAUGCAAUAUAUGAAUGUGUUUAUCAGUUUA